CUGGAAUGCCACGUGACAGUCGAGCCCUGUGUGUUUCAGAUAAUUAUGCGAGAUGUCGUUUAACUCUCUUUGUAUGAACAAUUUGUGGAGAUCUGCUAUACGACUAUCUUCUAACGCUGCUGUCACGUCAACGCGAUUAGUGGCUAUUCGCUGCAAAAGAUUUGGUGAUAAGUGCGGUGAGCUCUGCCAGACAAGAGCCCAUAGUAACAAUACACAGCACGUCUCAAGAAAGCUGGUGCGGAAUGGGAAGGAGAAGAAGUUAGUGGUCUUUAUAGAGGGGAAUAUUGCUAGUGGGAAGACAACAUGCCUAGAGUAUUUCAGCAAAACCAGUAACAUUGAGGUGCUUACUGAGCCAGUUUCCAAAUGGAGGAAUGUUCGAGGGCACAACCCCCUGGGGUUGAUGUACCAGGACCCUAUUCGAUGGGGCAUCACUCUACAGACCUAUGUUCAGCUAACCAUGCUGGACCGACACCUCUCAACAAUGUCAGCCCCAGUGAGAAUGAUGGAAAGGUCCAUCUACAGUGCCAAGUACAUCUUUGUGGAAAAUCUUUUCAGAAGUGGGAAGAUGCCCGAGGUGGACUUUGCUGUUCUUAGUGAGUGGUUUGAGUGGAUCACACAGAACAUUGCCAUUCCUGUGGAUCUUAUUGUUUACCUCCAGUCGUCUCCACAGACCUGCCACGAGAGGCUGAAAGAGCGAUGCAGGGAGGAGGAGAAGAUCAUUCCUUUGGAAUAUUUAGAGGCAAUCCAUCAGCUGUAUGAAGACUGGCUGAUAAAGAAGACGUCCUUCAAUGUUCCUGCUCCAGUCCUUGUAAUUCCAGCAGACGAUGACUUGCAGAAGAUGCUCCACCAGUAUGAGGAAAACAGAGAGAAGAUUUUAGCAGGGAGCAAUGUGUGAGUGAAGUACUCAGUAUUCAGACCCCUUGACUUUUUCCACAUUUUGUUAGGUUACAGCCUUAUUCUAAAAUUGAUUUAAUCCCCCCCCCCCCCGUCAAUCUACUCACAAUACCCCAUAAUGACAAAGCAAUAACAGGUUUUUAGAAAUGUUUUCAAAUGUAUAAAAAAUAAAACUGAUACCGCAUUUUACAUUAUUCAGAACAUUUACUCAGUACUUUGUUGAAGCACCUUAGGCAGCGAUUACAGCCUUAAUGAUUCUUGGGUAUGACGCUACAAGCUUUGCACACCUGUAUUUGGAGAG